UACUGCUAUUAUUAUUCUAUACAACACCAAGUGAUUAUCGUUAUGUAGCCAGAUAGUUUGCCCUAACCGCCAUUGUGGAAAAAAUGUUUUUGAAUUGGACACUAAUUUCUGUGUUAAUUGGAUACGUGUUUAGUGAAAGCGUUAACUUCGCUGGCCUUUUCGAUCAAAACGAAUCUCACGAAAAAGCCUUUCGCUAUGCCGUUGAAAGAGUCAACAGGAAUGUCCAAGAAGGUGAGUUCACCCUGGUGCCCCUGGUGACCAGUAGUGUAUCAGAAGACCAGCCUUUUCCAACCCAGCAACAUGCCUGCUUCCUCUUGAGCCAAGGAGUGGUUAGCAUUUUUGGUCCCAGACAUCCUGUCGAUAUAGAGGCAGUACAGUCUGUGUGCGACGCCAAAGAAAUACCCCAUAUCAUCACCAGGUGGAACUAUUUUCCUUUGAGAGAUAGCACGGAAAUCAAUUUUUAUCCCCACCCUUCUAUGCUCUCCACCGCGUACUUUGAUAUUAUUAUGGCUUUGGAAUGGAAAACUUUCACUGUGUUAUAUGAAGAUGAUGAAGGGCUGCUGAGGGUACUGGAUUUGAUCAAGAUGGCCAAGGACGAAGGUUUAUUGGUUACUGUUAUACAGUUGGAUAGGUAUCAUUCAGGAAAUUAUAGAACAGUUUUGAAGGAUGUGAAACUAAGUGGGCAGAAAUAUUUUGUCGUAGACUGUGAAAUAGAGCAUCUGAAAGAAGUUUUGCUACAAUUUCAGCAAGUUGGACUUAUGAAUCAGGACUAUCAUUACUUCAUUACAAAUCUAGAUGCACAUACGGAAGAUCUAAUGCCUUUUCUAUAUGCAGAAAGCAAUAUUACUGGGAUUAGAAUCAUAAACCCCGACAAGGAACUGAUACAGAAAAUCAGCCAAGAACUAUUCGCUGACGACGAAAAUGCCAUUCCUGAAAUUGUGGCGUGGAAUUUGAAGACUGAAACAGCUUUGAUUAUAGAUGCCGUUCAUAUGUUUUCAACUGUCUUGAGUGACGUAAAGAAACAAAGUUCUAUGCCAAUAAUCAACAAUAAUAAUAUUCUACAAUGCAAUGAUACUAGCAGUUGGGAGCAAGGUUACACUAUUGUUAACUUAUUGAAAACUAGUUCCCAUGAAGGUCUGACGGGUUUGAUCAAAUUCAACACAGAAGGGUUCCGAAGCGAUUUCCAGUUAGACUUAUUCGAAUUAAGGGAAGGAGGGAUAACAGACAUCGGCACGUGGAAUACGUCUAAUGGUCUUUCAGUUACCAAAAAAUCAGUAGAGCAACCAGUACCUGAUGGUGAUAGUUUGAAGAAUAAAACUUUUAUAGUUAUUACAACAUUAACAGAUCCUUAUGGGAUGCUCAAGGAAACCUACGAAACUCUAACAGGAAAUGACAGAUUUGAGGGUUUUGGUAUCGACCUAAUUAAAAAAUUAUCUGAAAUGGAGGGCUUUAAUUACACCUUCAUAUUGAGAGAAGACAAACAGAACGGAGCAAAAGAUCCGAAACCACCACACCGAUGGUCUGGAAUGAUUGGAGACCUUCUCGAAUAUAGAGCGGAUCUGGCCAUAACAGAUUUCACUAUUACCUCUGACAGGGAGGAAGCCGUAGAUUUCACAGUACCUUUCAUGAACUUGGGAAUAAGCGUCCUCUUCAGGAAACCUUUCACCGCACCACCAAGUUUCUUCUCCUUCGCCGACCCUUUCGCGCUGGAUGUGUGGGUAGCCUUGGCCGGCGUUUUCUUUUUGGUAAGCUUUUCCCUCUUCGUCAUUGGAAGGCUUUGUCCGGAUGAAUGGACCAACCCGUAUCCUUGUGUGGAAGAUCCACAAUAUCUGAUAAACCAGUUCAGCAUGUCGAACUCGAUCUGGUUCGUCACUGGCAGUCUUAUGUGUCAAGGCUCCGAAAUUGCGCCAAUAGCAGUUUCCACUAGAAUGGUGGCAGGAGCGUGGUGGUUCUUCUGCCUGUUGAUCGUGGCUUCCUAUACCGCUAACCUUGCUGCUUUCUUAGCAACGGAAAAUCCAGUAGAGUUGUUCAAAGACGUACAUAGUCUAUACGAAAAUGCUCCCCUUCAUAACAUCAAAUUUGGAGCCAAAAAGAACGGUGCAACUGAGAAAUUUUUUAUGAAUGCAGAAGAUGGCAUCUUCCAAAAAAUUGGACAGUACAUGAAAGACCAUCCAGAAGAACAAGUGAAGGAAAAUGAUGAGGGCGUGAGGAGAGCGGAAAAAGAAUUAUACGCUCUUUUCAUGGAAUCCACGUCUAUUGAAUACACCACCCAAAGACACUGCGACCUACAGCAGUAUGGUGGACUACUCGACGAUAAAGGAUAUGGAAUUGCAAUGCGAAAAGAGUCUCCAUACAGGAAACGUCUUAGUACCGCCAUUCUGAAAUUGCAAGCAUCAGGUGUCAUAGAGGAUCUUAAGAGAAGAUGGUGGGAAGAACGAAGAGGAGGCGGACAGUGUUCUGGUACUACUGAGUCUGCCGAAGCCACCCCUCUGGGACUCAAAAACGUAGAAGGCUGCUUCUGGGUGACGAUUUAUGGAACAAUUUUAGCAUUCUUAUUCGUUAUUAUCGAGCACUUGAUUUACGUUCUGAAAGUCAGCAGAAAAGCCAAGAUAUCUUACUUUCAAGCGUUCACUCAAGAAUUCAAGUUCUUCUUGGAUUUCAAUAGCAAUGUGAAGCCUGUUCUUAGCAAGUCAUCUUUGGAUAAGUCAGAAUCCGAGGAUGCCAAAACAAAGUCGAAGUCCAGGUCCACAUCUAGGUCUCCGCCUCCUUCGAAAUCGAAGACGAAGUCUUUGAAAGAAAGUCUGAAUUCCAAGAGUAAUGGAACCAUAAGGUCGGGAUAUCCAUAUGGGUUUAUCGUACCGUCUUCUGGUGAAAGGUUGGAUGAAACACAAUAGAAUUUUGUUGGUAAUAAUUGUCCAAAAUGUGCGUUUGUUACAUUCACAAUAAUAAG